AUGAACGCCAUCAUCGCCCUCUGCCACUUCUGUGAGCUCCACGGCCCCCGCACUCUGUUUUGCACGGAGGUUCUGCACGCCCCUCUCCCAACGGGGGCUGGGGACAGCCCCGGCCAGGGGGAGCAGGCCGAGGAGGAGGAGGGCGGCAUCCAGAUGAGCAGCGGGCUCGGCACCCACAGCCCAGCCGACGGGGCCGGCACAGAGUCCAGCAGCCCGGGGCCCAAGAAGUCGGACAUGUGCGAGGGCUGCCGGUCCCUUGCUGUGGGGCAUCCCGGGUACCUGAGCCAUGAUAAAGAGACUUCGAUUAAAUACGUCAGCCAUCAGCACCCGAGCCACCCCCAGCUCUUCAGCAUUGUCCGCCAGGCCUGCGUGCGCAGCCUGAGCUGUGAGGUCUGCCCCGGCCGGGAAGGCCCCAUCUUCUUCGGGGACGAGCAGCAGGGCUUUGUGUUCAGCCACACCUUCUUCAUCAAAGACAGCCUGGCCCGGGGCUUCCAGCGCUGGUACAGCAUCAUCACCAUCAUGAUGGACCGCAUCUACCUCAUCAACUCCUGGCCCUUCCUGCUCGGCAAGAUCCGCGGCAUCAUCGACGAGCUCCAGGGCAAGGCGCUCAAGGUGUUUGAGGCAGAGCAGUUCGGGUGCCCACAGCGUGCCCAGAGGAUGAACACGGCCUUCACCCCGUUCCUGCACCAGAGGAACGGCAACGCCGCCCGCUCGCUCACCUCCUUGACCAGCGAUGACAACCUGUGGGCGUGCCUGCACACCUCCUUCGCGUGGCUCCUGAAGGCGUGCGGCAGCCGGCUGACGGAAAAGCUCCUGGAGGGCGCGCCCACGGAGGACACGCUGGUCCAGAUGGAGAAGCUGGCCGACUUAGAAGAGGAAUCCGAAGGCUGGGACAACUCCGAGGCUGAGGAGGAGAAGGCCUCUGUCCUGCCACAGGGUGCGGAGAGGCGGGAGCUGAGCAAGUGCCCCACAGGCUCCUCCUCGCUCUCAGACUGUGAGAGCUGGCAGCCCCGGAAGCUGUCCGUCUUCAAGUCCCUUCGGCACAUGCGACAGGUCCUGGGUGCCUCCUCUUUUCGCAUGUUGGCCUGGCACGUGCUCAUGGGGAACCAGGUGAUCUGGAAGAGCAGGGACACAGACCUCGUCCUGUCCGCGUUUGAGGUCCUCCGGACCAUGCUGCCCGUGGGCUGUGUGCGCAUCAUCCCGUACAGCAGCCAGUACGAGGAGGCCUACCGCUGCAACUUCCUGGGGCUCAGCCCCCACGUGCAGAUCCCCGCCCACGUGCUCUCCUCAGAAUUCGCCGUCGUAGUGGAGGUCCACACAGCCGUUCCCUCCAGCCUCCCCCUGGCCGGGUGCGAGGACGACCAGUCUCUCAGCAAAUACGAGUUCGUGGUGACCAGCGGGAGUCCUGUGGCUGCAGACCGAGUGGGCCCCACCAUUCUGAAUAAGAUGGAAGCUGCUCUGACCAACCAGAAUCUGUCUGUGGAUGUGGUUGACCAGUGCCUCAUCUGCCUCAAAGAAGAGUGGAUGAACAAAGUGAAGGUCCUUUUCAAAUUCACCAAGGUGGACAGUCGGCCCAAAGAGGACACACAGAAGCUCCUGAGUAUCCUCGGAGCGUCUGAGGAGGACAACGUCAAGCUGCUCAAGUUCUGGAUGACAGGCCUGAGCAAAACCUACAAGUCCCACCUCAUGUCCACGGUCCGGAGCCCCCCGGCCACAGAGCCUCGUAAUUGA